CCUCCCCUCCCCAUCACAAAGCGUCUCAGUGAAACCCGAGCAGGCGUGGCGGCUCCGUCACCGGAGCUGCUGCUGAAUGUUUGAUGGCGACGGUCAGAUCGUCUGAGCUCCGACUCCUGAACAGGCGACGACCGACCGGACUCUGAGGCUUCAACAGGUGAUGGUGUCAGGAUGUCUGAGGCGAGGCAGCGAACUCUGUCCACCUCUGGAGAAUCUCUGUAUCAGACCCUGGGUCUGGAACGAGGCUGCAGCCAUGACGACAUCAGGAAGUCGUACAGGAAACUGGCGCUGCGAUACCAUCCUGAUAAAAACCCGGAGAACCCGGACGCCGCAGAGAAGUUCAAGGAGCUGAACAGCGCCCACGCCGUCCUGUCCGACCUCACCAAGAGGAACAUGUACGACUCGUACGGGUCCCUGGGCCUCUACGUGGCCCAGCAGUUCGGAGAGGACAACGUCAACACGUACUUCAUGUUGUCCACCUGGUGGGCCAAGGGUCUGUUCCUGGUGUGCGGCGUCCUGACCGGCUUCUACUGCUGCUGCUGCCUCUGCUGCUGCUGCAACUGCUGCUGUGGCAAACUCAGGCCGACGCCCCCAAGCGAGGGGGUGGAGCCUGACUAUGUGUCCCCCGACGACCUGGAGGAAGAGAUACGCAACGACCCUGACAACGACGUGGAGACUCCGGUCGUCCAGCAGCCGUCCAACGCUGGCGAGAAAACUCAGCUGAUCGGCGAAGGUCAGCGCAGAUACGGAGACAAGUUCACAUGAAGUGACAGGAAACAGGAAACAGGAAGCAGGAAGCGUAUCACUGCACCACGCGUCCACCUGAAGCUGUGAUUCACCGUAGAGACCUGAACCUCACACGGAACCUUCAGGUUCCCGUCUGUAAAUCAGAGUCUAAAUUGUUCAAGCAACAGAUUUAAAUAUGAAACAUGAGACGAUAAACGUUUAUCAUCUGUUUGUUUUUCAGCUUCUGGAAAAUGAUCCAGUUAUUUUUAACUUGAUGAAAACAUCAUUAUGUCAUAACUUAAUAUUCUAAUUAUACAUAAAGGUUCUGAUUCAGGAACAUGCAGAAAUAAAUAAAUAGUGUUGAUGUAAAUAAUGUUUUGUUUCAUUUUGUUCAUAU